UGUAUCCAGGAACAGGUCUGGGGGUUUCCGACCCUUCGGGUCCCUAUGCCAUGACCACGCUGAGCGUCAAGCCGAGUCAGCGCUUCCAGCUGUCCGACUGGCACACCAACAGCUACCUGCUGUCCACCAACGCUGAGCAGCAGCGAGAUGCUUCCCAUCAGAUCCGCCAGGAGGCCCGGGUCCUCCGCAAUGAGACCAACAACCAGACCAUUUGGGAUGAACAUGACAAUAGAACUCGACUGGCAGAGAGGAUCGAUACAGUCAACCGGUGGAAGGAGAUGCUGGACAAGUGUCUGAUGGAUUUGGAUGCUGAGAUCGAUGUCCUGACACAGAUGAAAGAGUCAGCAGAGCAAAACCUGCAGGCCAAGAACCUGCCUCUGGAUGUGGCCAUUGAGUGUCUGACCCUGCGCGAGAGUCGGCGAGACAUUGAUGUGGUGAAGGACCCAGUGGAGAACGAGCUGCAUAAAGAGGUGGAGGUCAUUGAGGCCACCAGGAAGGCCUUGCAACAGAAGAUUAGCCAGGCCUUUGAGCAGCUCUGCCUCCUGCAGGAAGUCCGGCAGCAGCUCAACUUCGACCACAGAGGCAAAAUGGAGACGCUGGAGAUCGACAGAGGCUGUCUCUCUCUCAACCUCAAGUCCCCAAACAUCUCUCUGAAGAUCAAUCCCACACGUGUCCUGGAUGGCUCCACCACACUCCAGCAGUGGGAUGACUUCAGUCAGUUCAACAAGGAGCGAGCAGAGGCCGAGAUGAAAGCAGCCAUGGAGCUGAGGGAGGCCACUGCCCUGACUAUUGCGGAGACCAACAACGAGCUCGAAGCCCAGAGGGUUGCAACGGAAUUUGCCUUCAGGAAGCGGCUGCGGGAGAUGGAGAAAGUAUACAGUGAGCUCAAGUGGCAAGAGAAGAACACCUUGGAGGAGAUCGCCGAGCUGCAGGAGGACAUCCGGCAUUUGGAGGAGGAUCUGCGCAGAAAGCUACUGAACUUGAAGCUAUCCCACACCCGGCUAGAGGCCAGAACCUACCGGCCCAAUGUAGAACUCUGCCGGGAUCAGGCACAAUAUGGCCUCACAGACGAGGUUCACCAGUUAGAGGCAACCAUUGCUGCCCUCAAGCAGAAGCUGGCACAAGCACAGGAUGCGCUGGACGCCCUGGACAAGCACCUGGCCCGGCUACAGGCUGACAUUGCCUGCAAGGCCAACUCCAUGCUGUUGGACGCCAAGUGCAUGGACACGCGACGCAAGCUGACGGUGCCUGCGGAGAAGUUUGUACCUGAGGUGGACACCUUCACACGUACCACAAACCGCACCCUGAGUCCACUCAAAAGCUGCCAGCUGGAGCUGGCCUAGCCUUGGAGGAGGAGGGCAGGAGGAGGGCUGGGGAGGACAAGGUUGGGUGGGAAAUGGAAGCGGGACGAGAGAAGGAAGUUAAUAAAUGUGACGAUUCUCAGGCCAGGA